AUGCACUCAUCGAUGGAGCCGCUCUCUAGCAAUGCAUCCUCGCCUUGCAGUGCCAGGCUCGGUGGUGCCCCAGAAUUCAGGUCCGUACGACACCAUGAACUACAGAACCUGCUGCUGCCACAAAGGGAGGAGGAAACAUCACACCGCGGCCGCUUCUCGCUUCUCGAUACAAUGCCUUUGUUGCCGGAUUUCUUGGACAGUCGAAGUUCUUCACCAUUAGGAGGCAAGCAGUACAACCGUCGUCGCUCUAGGCGCUACCGUGAUGGCGUCAGCAGUGGAAGUUUCGAUGAUGAUAUGUUGACCUACACACCGCUUCUCUCACCGCCACUGCCACACACACCCUUCGACGUACUCACAAACAGCUGCAAUGCUUGUGGCUUCUCGCCGCUGCGCCCACUCCCGAUGAAUGAGUCUACAUCGUUCAUUUCUGCAUUACAGAACAUUAACCAAAACAUCACCAGAGGUGUUGCUGUAAGGAGCCAGACAUCAGACGAAUGUGUCUCUUGUCAGACGAGUGACGCGUCCUUCAGAAAGAGGUACUCUCUACAUUCUCCUUCCCUACAUGGCGCAAUGCAGCCGUGCCGCUGCCCCUGUGAUCCCAUAGCUGAAGUCUCUUCACCAUGCCAGCAGCCUUUGCCAAUCUCUGCUUCGUCGUCAUUGCCGACCGCAGCAUCUCGUGUGGCAGUAGCCACGCGCCGCGCAGCAUCAGUGAUCACGGAAGUGGCACACACCACACUGGGUGGCCACAGGAAGUCGCAGGAGGACGCUGUGUGCAUCCACGAGCAGGUGCCGUUUCCCGAAAAGUGUACCGUGCUUGAAGGGGUUCCGCCUACGUACAGCAUGUAUGGCGUCUUUGACGGACACAAUGGGGACAGCAUGGCGAACAUGGCAUCUUUGUGCUAUCUGGAGCACUUGAAUGAGGCGCUCAACCGAGCUUCAUCAUUAUCAUCAUCACCAACACUGGUAUUAUCAUCAUCACGGGUAGACAAGGAUGACGUUGUUGGAGAGACGGCACCACCCGAGGUUCUCCCACAGCAACGCUUCCUCAGCAGUGCACUUGUGCAAGCGCUUAUUCACCUGGACCGCACGCUAUACGACACAACACCAGAAUCGCAGAGAGGCCGCGUCGGCACAACCGCAAAUGUCGUGGCAUUCUACCAGGGCGUGCCAACGACAACCGACGGUGCUGCCCCGUUCUACCUCUCUAUAGCGAACCUUGGUGACAGCCGCUCUGUUCUUGCCCGCAUCUCCGACGGUAGCGUGCUUCUGAGCACCGUUGAUCAUCGUGUUCCGAGCUUUCCCACUGAGAAGACACGUGUCGAGCAAAGCGGCGGCUUCAUCGAGUGUGACCGCGUCGAUGGCGCGCUGGAGGUGACGCGGUCGCUUGGCGAUUUUCUUUACAAAUUGCCUCCAGAACGGUGGCAGACGCAGUCGGACGUCGACGAUGCCAUACCGCAUGUGGACACUACGGCGCCGCUGCAAGAUACGAGUUGUGGUGCGUGUAGCAGUAGCGGUGCGGUGAAUCUUCCACUCUCAUUUAGCUCCUCCACAAUGAGCAGAAACAUCACUGAUGCUGAAGCAUUUUUCGUGAGUUCACGCGUAGGCUCAUUGUCUGAUGUCCUGCGUGAGGAAAGCGGAAAGUGUGUAACAAGCAAUAUUGUUAGCAACGUUGCUGACGUGUAUGAGGCGGAGCUGACGGGCGACGAAUUCCUCGUACUAGCGACCGACGGAUUGUGGGACUGCAUGACCACUUCCGAUGUGGUAGAGUUUGUGCGUGCGCGCCUCUUACAGAUGGGCUUCGCUGGUGAUCACAACAAUGGCAGCAACAACGCUGAUCUGUCGGUGCCCUUUUUGGUGCGCUCAUGCGCAACUGUGAAGAGUUUCAGUGGCAGUGACCUUCGCAGCGUGAUUGGGUCGCCGCGAAAUGUGGAGCAAACACCACCACCCGCGGUGCACCGCCUCCCGACUUGGAGUGGGGAUCUGAUAAGUGAUCUGGUCGUGCCACAGUUCCCCGGCAGCAUAAGUGGCGCGGUCGACGGCGCUGUCGACGCCGACAGUGAGUGCGACAACGCCCAAGAGCGAUUUGACACACCUCCGCCGCCGUGCGGUGCCGGAAGGGGGAAGCGGCGCAGUAGUGCUGCGGACCCACCAAGCUUCUGUACAACACCACGGCGUUUGCUACAGGAUGUGACAAACAGUUUGGCUGACCACGUCGUGCAUCACUUGCACGGCGCCGACAACGUGACAAUCAUACUUCUCGUGUUUCACUCCGGGAGGUGA